AUGGGCGCCCAUAGGCGACAGCCCAGCUCCCGCCGCCGCCUUGCCGCCCUUACGCUCCUCGCCGCGUCCGCGCUCGCCCUGCUCCUCCUAGCAUCUCGCCCGGUGCCCCCGACCUACGGCGUCAUCAUCGACGCCGGCAGCACGGGGAGCCGCGUCCACGUCAUCGCCUACCGCGCCACGGCAGGACUCCCGCAGCUGGACUGGGCACGCACGGCCUCGAUGAAGGCGACCCCGGGGCUAUCGUCCUUCGCGGCCGACCCACGCGGCGCGGGGCUGUCUCUGGCGCCGCUAGUGGAGUUUGCCCGGCGCCGGGCUGAGGAAGGGAUAUACGCAUGGGUUGCAGCAAAUUAUGCUUUGGGGACUCUUGGCGGUGAUCCAAAUGACACCACUGGGAUUAUUGAACUUGGUGGGGCUUCUGUUCAGGUAACACUUGUUACCAGUGAACCUGUGCCUCUGGAGUUCUCUCACGUGCUUAAGUUUAGUGAUGUCUCAUAUAACCUGUACAGCCACAGCUUUUUGCAGCUUGGUCUGAAUGUAGCAUAUGAAUCAUUCCAUGACUUGCUCAGCUCACCUGGCCUUAGCUCAAUGGCCACACAUUUGAUUUCUCAAGCUAAGUAUAAAGAUCCUUGCACUCCAAGGGGAUUUACACACAUAGCAGGAUCAGUUAAACUUCCUGUUAGUGUUCUUGAGCCGAAGGUUGAGUACAGACCUUUUGCUCAUGCUGUGGGGAACUUCUCUGAGUGUAGAUCUGCAGCGCUAACACUACUGCAAAAAGGAAAGGAGGGAUGUACAUAUCAUGAAUGCCGCCUUGGAGCAGCAUUUGUACCAGAGUUGGAAGGGAAAUUUUUAGCAACAGAAAAUUUUUACCAUACUUCAAAGUUCUUUGGUCUGCACUCAAAGUCCUUCCUUUUUAAUCUGAUGGCGGCUGGGGAGAAAUUUUGCCAUGGGGACUGGUCAAAGAUUAAGAAGAAGUACAGCUCUUUUGAUGACGGACAGCUGCUUCUUUUUUGCUUUUCCUCAGCAUAUAUUAUUGCUCUACUACAUGACACACUUAAAAUGCCACUGGAUCAUAAGAGGAUUGAUGUUGUAAAUCAAAUCCAUGGCGUGCCUGUUGACUGGGCAUUGGGUGCUUUCAUUGUGCAGACGACGAUGAACCGAACAGACAUUCUCCAUCCUAAGGUGGAGAAGGCCUCGGCUGAGGACGAUCUACGACAUGGAGAAAGGCAGGUAGGCUGUAUGCUGAGUGGAGGGAAGGAGCGAGAAGAGAGGGAAGAAAUUUUGUGA